UCGGCGGCCGAGCGGACGGCUUGCUUGUGGGGGCGCCAGGAUUAUGGAAACGGGAAGUGAAGAAGAAAAAUGGGAGAAGCUGGAUGCUGAAUUUGAUCACUUUGUGGUAGAUAUGAAGCCCUUUGUUCUAAGAUUGCCCCACAGGUCAGAACGGCAGAGGUGUGCUCUUUGGAUCAGAAAGCUGUGCGAGCCCUCCGGAACAGGUGCAGGAGUCGUGGGUAGGAAGAAUCGGAACCUGUAUGCAAAGCUGUUACUGCACAUGCUGCAGCGAGGAGUCCUCGAAGGCCCCUUUACACACCGCCCCGAGCCGGGAACGCUGAAGACAUUACCAUCCUAUAUGUCCAUCUAUUUUGAUGAACCAAAUCCAGCACAACCGAAAAGUUCAAGCUCGGAGAAGUUACCUGAGUGGAUAAUGGGCGAGCUGGAGACAAGUGAACAAAGAUUAAGUGACUCCUGCCAGUUUUCUUCUGGAGAAGAGAAUACAGUGUUGCUGUCGGGAAGUGAGGUUUACUCUGAGGAUCAGUGAUAGAAGCGGCUCAGAUGAAAAACAUAUAACCUAGAACCCCUGCACAGAUCAGAUGGAGGGAAUAUGACAAAUAAACUCAACAGACUGACUAAGAAAAAAUCACCCUUAAAAAUUGUAUUUCAUUCAAACAACUCCAGAAUUAAUGUCUUUAUUGUAAUUUUUCAGAUUGAAAAUCCUCGGUACCUGAGACAGAAGCCUCUCCCAGUUUCCCUGAUGACCCCAAAGGUCACCCUGAGGAAGUCUAGCAGUCUUCACGAUGAUCAUUUUCUCUCUCGAAUGCACCAGAAAGAGUUGGACAUGAAAACAAAAAUGAUGGAAGCAAAGUUUUAUGAAGACAAACUUAAGCUGCAGCAGAAACAUGAUGCUGAUAUGCAGAAGAUUUUAGAAAGAAAGAAUAAUGAAUUAGAAGAUUUGAAAAUUUUAUACAGAAAAAAACAAACUGAAACUGAGGAGACUAUAAGAAAACUUGAAAAGAAAGUUCAGAUCCUUAUACGUGACUGUCAAGUUAUCAGAGAAACUAAAGAAAACCAGAUAGCAGAACUGAAGAAGAUAUGUGAGCAAAGUACAGAAUCUCUGAAUAACAAUUGGGAAAAAAAGCUUCACAAUGCUGUAGCAGAAAUGGAAAAGGAAAAAUUUGAGCUUCAAAAGCGGCAUACUGAGACUAUUCAGGAAUUGCUGGAGGACACAAAUGUGCGUCUGAAUAAAAUGGAGGGAGAGUAUUUGGUGCAGACACAGUCCACAAACCACAUGAUCAAAGAACUGGAGGCCCGUGUCCAGCAGCUGACGGGAGAAGCAGAGAACAGCAAUUUACAGAGGCAGAAAUUGAUCCAAGAAAAACUGGAGCUUGAAAGAUGCUACCAAAUGACAUGUAGUGAAUUGCAGGAGUUAAAGACCAGGCGUAACAUACUACAUAAAGAGAAAGAACAUCUUGUAAAUGACUAUGAGAAAAAUGUGAAAUUAUUAAAAACCAAAUACGAUUCUGACAUAAGCCUCAUGAAACAAGAGCUUGCACUUUCAGCUGCUAAGACAUCUGAUGUGAUUGAAGAGUUGGAACAGAACAUCUGUCUAUUAAAACAGCAGGUCCAGGAGUCGGAGCUUCAUAGGAAACAGCAAGUAAAAGAUCAAGAAAGUAAGUUUGAGAUGGAGACAAACAAUUUAAAACACACCUAUGAAAAAAAGGUGCAGGAAUUACAGAGUGAACUUAAUAAAGAGAAAGAAGACACUCAGAGGAAGAUCCAUAAAUUUGAGGAAGCUUUAAAGGAGAAGGAGGAGCAGCUCAGCCGUGUGACUGAAGUUCAGAGGUUGCAGGCCCAGCAGGCAGAUGCCGCCCUGGAGGAGUUUAAGCGGCAGGUGGAAGUGAACUCUGAGAAGGUCUAUGCUGACAUGAAAGAGCAGAUGGAAAAGGUAGAAGCAGACCUAACUAGGUCCAAGUCACUUCGUGAGAAGCAGUCCAAGGAGUACCUGCGGCAGCUGGAAGAUGUCAAGCAGAAAUAUGAACAGCAGAUAGUAGAGCUGAAGCUGGAGCAUGAACAGGAGAAGACGCACCUAUUACAGCAGCAUAACGCAGAGAAGGAUAGCCUAGUCCGAGACCAUGAACGGGAAAUUGAAAACCUGGAGAAACAGCUUCGCGCUGCCAAUAUGGAGCACGAAAAUCAAAUUCAAGAGUCCAAGAAACGAGAUGCACAGAUUAUUGCUGACAUGGAGACCCAGGUUCAUAAGUUAAGGGAAGAGCUGAUUAAUGUGAACUCUCAGCGGAAACAGCAGCUUAUAGAACUUGGUUUUCUCCGAGAAGAAGAGAAGCAGAAGGCUGCGAGGGACCAUGAGACUGCUGUCAACAAGCUGAAGGCCGAAUCUGAGAGAGUGAAAAUGGAGCUGAAGAAGACGCACGCUGCUGAGACCGAGAUGACUCUGGAGAAGGCCAACAGCAGGCUGAAGCAGAUCGAGAAGGAAUACAUUCAGAAGCUUGCCAAAUCUUCCCAGAUCAUAGCAGAACUUCAGACAACCAUUUCCUCUCUGAAAGAGGAGAGCAGUCGGCAGCAGCUUGCUGCAGAAAGGCGGCUCCAGGAUGUUAUACAAAAGUUUGAAGAUGAGAAGCAGCAGCUGAUUAGAGAUAAUGAGCAAGCAAUCAAGGCUUUACAAGAAGAACUAGAGACCCGGUCUAAUCAGGUGCGAAGUGCAGAGAAAAAGUUACAGCACAAAGAACUGGAGGUGCAGGAGCAGAUAAUGUGCAUACGACAAGAAUAUGAAACAAAAUUCAAAGGAUUAAUGCCGGUGUCUCUCAGACAAGAACUUGAGGAGACCAUCUCCUCCCUAAAGUCGCAGGUCAACUUUCUGCAGAAGAGGGCAUCCAUCCUUCAAGAAGAACUGACCACCUACCAAGGCAGAAGGUAACUGCAUGGGAGAGUGUGGUAAUUGUCCGGGCUGCACUGUGGAU